AUGUGCAGAUUCCUCGUGUACAAAGGCAAAGAUGAGAUCCUCCUCUCAAAGCUCAUCCUCGAACCACAGCAUUCAAUCCUGACUCAGUCCUACGACUCACGCCUACGCAUGGACCACCGCCGCCCUCACAACGGCGACGGCUUCGGCAUUGGCUACUACACACCACCAACCCUCGGACCCGACCCUUGCCUUUUUACCAGCACAACGCCCGCUUGGAACUGCAUCAAUCUCUCUCGCCUCGCCUCCAAAACCACAUCCUCUUUGAUCUUCGCCCAUGUACGCGCGACGACCGAGGGCAGCCUUUCGGAUUCGAACUGCCACCCUUUCUCCCACGGCAGUCUCAUGUUCAUGCACAACGGCAACAUUGCCUGCUGGAGACAUGUCAAACGAGAAAUCGCGUUGAGCGUAGGGCAGAAAUGGUUCGUGGGAGUUCAAGGAAAUACUGACAGCGAAUGGGCUUUUGCCCUCUUUCUGGACUGUCUGGAGAAAGCCGGCUUUGACCCGGACAGCGAGGAGUACACGGCCAACGGUUUCGGGCACACGGUGCUCAGGAAGGCGAUGCUUCGGACGAUCAAGCUCAUCAACCGCUUCGUGGACGCCACACCGUCGGAGCUGAGGGACGAAAUGAUGGAUAAGCGGAGUCUUCUGAACUUUGCCGUGUCUGAUGGUCAUAGCGUCGUGUGCACGAGGUACGUGAGCAGUACCACCGACGAAGCUGCCUCUCUGUACUUUUCCUCCGGUACGAGCUGGAAGCAGGGCGAAGGACCGGGGCAGUACAAGAUGGAGAGGAGAGACAAAGGGGCCGAUAUCGUGCUCGUGGCUAGCGAGCCCUUGACUUUCGAGAGAGACAAUUGGGUCACAGUCCCCACAAACAGCACCAUUACAAUACACAAACAAACAGUCAUGAUCCACCCUAUCAUCGACGAGUACUACAAUCACAGCCCUUCGUAUACGAGAUCAAGUGGCUUUGCGGUGAGCAAAGGCCUCGUUAGCAACGCGCCGGGGGCUACGCAGGCAAUCACGCCUGGGAAUUUGGGGAACGCUGUAGCAACGUAG